AUGGCCUCCAACAAUCACCGCCGUUCAUCUCCAGACACCAACGGCUCUCAUUCAAUUUCCAAAAAACCUAAACUCUCUGCACCUUCCUCCUCCGCCAUAACCGUUUCCGAAAUUGAAUCGGAAUUCUCUCACCACGACGGCUCCGUCGCUCGCAUCAACAACGGCAGUUUCGGUUCCUGUCCGUCCUCCGUCAUCUCCGCUCAACAUAAAUGGCAACUCAAAUACCUCCGUCAGCCUGAUCAUUUCUACUUCAACCACCUCAAACCGGCGAUUGAUAAUUCGCGUUCGAUUAUCAAGGACUUAGUCAACGCGCAACAUCUCGAUGAAAUCUCUAUUGUGGAUAACGCCACCACUGCGGCCGCUAUUGUUCUUCAACACACUGCUUGGUGUUUCCGUGAAGGGAAGUUCGAUAAAGGUGACAUUGUUGUUAUGCUUCAUUAUGCUUAUGGUUCUGUGAAGAAAUCGAUGGAGGCUUAUGUCUCGCGUGCUGGUGGAAAGGUGAUUGAAGUUCCGCUGCCUUUUCCGGUGACUUCUAAUGAAGAGAUUGUUACUGAGUUUAGAAAGGCUUUGGAGAUGGGAAAAACUGAUGGGAGAAAGGUUAGGUUAGCUGUGAUUGAUCAUGUGACUUCUAUGCCGUGUGUUGUGAUUCCUGUUAAGGAGUUGAUUCAGAUUUGUAGAGAGGAAGGUGUUGAACAGGUUUUUGUUGAUGCUGCUCAUUCCAUUGGGUGUACUGAUGUUGACAUGCAGGAGAUUGGUGCUGAUUAUUACACUAGUAAUUUGCAUAAGUGGUUUUUUUGUCCGCCUUCGGUUGCGUUUUUGUACUCUAGGAAAAACCCUAACACUGCUGGUGCUGGUGAUUUGCAUCAUCCUGUGGUGUCUCAUGAGUAUGGAAAUGGGCUGGCUGUGGAAAGUUCUUGGAUUGGGACUAGGGAUUAUAGUUCUCAGUUGGUGGUUCCUGAUGUUUUGGAAUUUGUGAAUAGGUUUGAAGGUGGUGUUGAAGGGAUUAAGAAGAGGAAUCAUGAAGCUGUUGUUGAGAUGGGAGAGAUGCUGGCUAAGGCUUGGGGAACUCAUCUUGGGAGUCCUUCACAUAUGUGUGCGAGCAUGAUUAUGGUUGGUUUGCCUGCAUGUUUGCGGAUUCACAGUGAUUCAGAUGCUCUGAAGUUAAGGACACAUUUUAGGGAUGUUUUUGAAGUUGAAGUUCCUAUAUACUAUAGACCACCUAGAGAUGGAGAAGUGGAGCCUGUAACGGGGUAUGCUCGGAUUUCUCAUCAAAUUUACAACAAAGUCGAGGAUUAUUACAAGUUUAGGGAUGCUGUUAACCAACUCGUGGAUAAUGGGUUUGCAUGUGCUCUUCUUUCCAAUUGA